AUGGGCAACCCCUUUGAAGAAGAAAGCACAGAUUUGCUGGUCCUAGACACACAGGAGAUCCUGGGUCCAGCUGCAGUAGAGAGUGUGCGUACAGCUAUGCAAAUGGGGCGAGAUCAGUUCCAUUUAUUUGUGAAGGAACGUCUGGCAGACAGAUCCAAACCACUCAAUGAUGUCAUCAAACGCAACAAACUUCCAUUAUUUGCAUCCAUCAAGGUGAAAAGUGCCAAUAAGAACAAGCAACAACUCGCCUCUGCAAGGAGUGAUUCAGAGCUUUUCUCCAGACUAUACAUCACAUGCCAAACCAGAGAUGGCGAUCUCGAGCAGUUCUUCAAACAUGAGAACAGUGCACACCCGCCUGCACUAUCACAAAAUGGACGGAUCCACUUUGGUUCCAAAUCUGACUUGCUGAGGCCUUUGGAACAGCUUGUUGAACCAACGUCUCACCCACCACAAGUCUCUUCUGUGAUCCUCGAUGGGGCUGCAGUGGUUCAAAUGCUGAACCCUGGCCCUGGCCACAGCAAAACAUUUCUUGACUAUGCCACAGACAUAUUCGUUCCAUACAUUCUGUCACAGCUUCAAAAUCAUUCUCGUCUGGAUCUAGUGUGGGACCGCUAUGCAAACUCAGGCAGCUUGAAGGCAACUGCAAGGGCUAACAGAGGCAAGGGAAUCCGCAGACGUGUUACUGGCACUGCCCUGUUACCUGGGAACUGGCACACAUUCCUCCGUGUCGACGAGAACAAGGAAGAACUCUUCCACUUCCUAUCUAAGCAGGUCAUGGAGUCCAUCAAUGUGCCAGAGAAACAGCUGAUUGCUACUGACGGUGAACAGGUCAUUGCUGUACCACCCUUUGAAGACACAGCAGCUUUGGCCCCACGCAAUCACGAGGAAGCGGACACGCGCAUGAUGGUUCAUGCAGCAGAUGCUGUUAAAUCUGGACACUGCAGAAUACUCAUCCGUACCGUGGACACAGAUGAGGUGGUUCUUGCUGUGUGGAUGGCCCAGGAGCUACAUGAGGCAGACGAUGAACUAUGGCUAGCAAUUGGUACUGGCAAGAGCUUCCGCUACAUAGCAGCACACAAGCUGGCUGCUUCACUGGGGCCAGACAAAUCCAAGGCACUGCCAGUCUUCCAUGCAAUCACAGGGUGUGAUACAGUCUCGAGCUUUGCAGGUCGUGGCAAGAUAACUGCAUGGGCAGUAUGGGACAUUUUCCCAGAAGUGACAAAUGCAUUUCUGACCUUGGCAUCUGCACCAAGUGAGAUUUCUGAGGACACAUUGGCAACCCUGGAGAGAUACAUAGUACUCCUGUACGACUGAACAUGUACAUGUUCAGAGGUGAAUCUGGCAAGGAAGAAACUCUUUGCAAAGAAAGCGCGAUCU